AGGGCCGUGUCCAGAGAGGACUCCCAGCGACCCGGCGCCCACCUCACAGUCAAGAAGAUCUUUGUGGGCGGCAUCAAGGAGGACACGGAGGAGCAUCAUUUGCGGGACUAUUUUGGCCAAUACGGCAAAAUCGAAGUCAUCGAGAUCAUGACAGACCGCGGCAGCGGCAAGAAGCGCGGCUUCGCCUUCGUCACCUUCGACGACCACGACUCCGUCGACAAGAUAGUCAGUAAGUCCGGCCUGUGCCAAAAAGAUGGGGGCACCCUGCUUUGA